UAUCAGUGUGUCCUUUGGCGCUUGAGCUAGUGCAGGUGGUUUUUUACUGGGGCAGGACUCUUCUCACAGAACGCUGCCAUGUCUCGACCAGUCAUCAAAAAGAGGGUUCUCGACUUCGUGCAGACUUUGCCUGGAGCACGCAUCUCUUCUCAAGCAAUGAGCCAGAUUGACGGCAGCGUGGACAAGAUUCUCGAGCUCUUCGAGGACACACAAGCUGGGGGAGAUGAGAAGGAGGAGCUGCUUCACGAGCUUGUCCGAUUUCUGCAGCAUGUCGCCAACGUGUCUGAUUUCUGUGUCUUGUCCGGUCAGGAGUCCAAACAAAUUAACCAGGGCUCGGUGCUCGCCGGUGCAAACAUUCUAAAGAAUCGCGUCACGGCCAAGUCAAGGACACUGCCGUCCGUUGGACAAAGUGCUGUCAAAGAGGGCAUCGACGCACUGUAUGCUGUUCUUGUCGACUGAUAUGGGUAUGGGAAAGCUUCAAAAGGCUUGGCUGUCAACCAUGCUACCUUCACCUAAGGAUGUCCGUGUUUUGUGCUUUACAGAGCGAUAGUACAAUGUCUGCCAACAGGUGUUAUAUUAUGAUUAAUAUACAAAUGUUUAUCAUGAACCUGAGCG